AUCCGCUUCAGAGCAGUGCCGAGUCGCGGAGCCUGCAUCCCACUUCUAUUUUCGUACCACCUGCUCAACGCCUCUUCUGCGUUUCGAUAUGCCCUCUGUUGCCGCACUAGACGCCUCUCGCCGUGUGAGGCCGUGCUGGAUGUCGACAACACACCCAGACUCGCGCUCCUGGCUGCUGGGAAGCAUCCGCAUGCACCCGUAUGCUUGCCCAGCCACCAGCCCGGUUUGGCUUGCGGCAGCUGUCUUCCCGGCACUGGCUGCUCCAAGUCCAGGGGCCCCGUCACCGCGGAUCUUACGUCCACAGCAGCUCACUAUGCUCGAAUUCGUCUCCGCUCAUGGCCACGAGGCGGGUGGAUGCAGCGUCGUUCACGCAAUCUUGCCCCUCCGAGAUCGCAAAUUCCGGCCCCGGUGCGUCCUGCUCCAAUCGCAGGGCGGCGGCUCCCCAGAAGCAAAUGUCACAGUCCCGUGCGACGGGUCCCCGGUAGAGGUCGUGCAGCUUGUGCUCGCGCCUCAGGGUGUGGCAGAGGCACUGGCUGAUUGUCUCAUGUUUAGACCAUGUAGCUACAGAGCAGGAAGGCCUGACUAAGGGACCAAGGCAGGUUUAGACUCGAGAGACUUCGGCUGAGGGCAAGCCUGAACAAAGUGGCUUCCUAAUCGGGUGGCCUGGCAGCGAGCCGCCUGGGGGAUUUAAUCUCCUGCUCGUCAAUCUCC